AGAAGACAGAAAUUAAGCGGAAAGUGUGCGUCAUCGUCGACAACAUGUCAAAGCUGAUUGAUGAGCACAGAGAGGCUAAACCUUUUUUGCCUGAACUCAUGCCUGCUAUUAAGCGUCUGUCGGAUGAGAUGUCUGAUCCAGAGGCAAGGACUAUGGCAAACAAGGCGCUCAAGACCUUGCAGAAUCUUCAGGAAGCAAUCGAAACCGAAGAAAGCGCCAAGUCGAUGCCACCAGAUGUAUGCAUGGCUGCACUUCUUGAAGUUCUUUCUGCGACUGUCCCAAGUGCCCCUCUGACUGAGAAUACUUUCACUGCUUUCAUGGAGUACAUUGCAGUUGUUAUUAGCUCUAUGGCCUGCGAUUUGUACUUCGAUGAAUUCGAAUGGAAGUUCAUCGCCGUUUGCCCAUAUCUUGCGCCUUUUAUGCCGGAGCAAGAUGCUGUCAAUGUGUUCACAGCUCUUCAUGCAAGGUGUUACAAGGAGGCUAUGCCCAGAGAUGCUGCUGAGGACGAAGAAGAUGAAGGCGAAGACCUCUGUAACUGUGAGUUCUCACUUGGUUAUGGUGCCAAAAUCCUUCUCAACAACACUCGUCUUCAUUUGAAACGGGGUAAGAGGUAUGGUAUCUGUGGCCACAAUGGAUGCGGCAAGUCAACCCUGAUGCGAGCAAUUGCGAACGGACAAGUUGACAACUUUCCUCCUCCAGAAGUUCUGAAAACUGUGUAUGUUGAGCAUGACAUUCAGGGUGACCUUUCGGAUUUAAACAUCGUUGAUUACGUCUGCAAGUUGGUUCCUGACCGCAGCAGAGACGAAAUCGUUGCAAAGCUCGAUGAAUUCGGCUUCAAGGAUGAUGACAGCUCCCCUGCCUGGAUUCGUGCAAACAUUUCUGGCCUUUCUGGAGGUUGGAAGAUGAAACUUGCGUUGUGCAGAGCUAUUUUGAUGAAUGCAGACAUUUUGCUUCUUGAUGAGCCAACGAAUCACUUGGAUGUUAAGAACGUUGCUUGGCUCGAAAAUUUCCUUGUCAGCCAGGACAAAGUGACGUCAUUGAUCAUCACCCAUGAUUCUGGAUUCUUGGAUCGCGUUGUGACUCAUAUCAUUCAUUAUGAGGACAAUCGUAAGUUGAAAAAUUACAAGGGCAAUCUGUCCGCUUUUGUCAAGCGCGUUCCCAAGGCCAAGACCUACUACGAGUUGAGUGAUGAGAACAUCAGCUUCACCUUCCCUGAACCUGGUCUCCUUGACGGAAUCAAGUCGAAGGGCAAGGCUAUCAUCAAGAUGGACAAGUGCACAUACCAAUAUCCAGGUAGAGACAAGCCGACUGUAUCCGACAUCACUCUCCAGGCAUCUCUGUCAUCGCGUGUUGCUGUGAUUGGACCUAAUGGCGCUGGAAAGUCCACCAUCAUCAAGAUGUUCUGCGGUGAGACCAAGCCUACGUCGGGAAUCGUAUGGCGCCACCAGAACAUGCGUAUCGCUUAUGUUGCCCAGCAUGCAUUCCAUCACUUGGAGAACCACCUUGACCAGACGCCCAAUGAGUACAUCCAGUGGAGAUAUUCCUCGGGAGAAGAUCGUGAAGCUAAUGAGCAGGAAGGCAAGAAGCUUACUGAGCAAGAAGAAGCUGAUCUUCAGAAAGUUCACGUCAUCAGGAACGAGGAUGGUACCGUGGAGAAGAAGAUCGUUGAAGCCCUCCGCUCACGUCGCAAAACGAAACGUUCGUACGAAUACGAAGUCAAGUGGUUGAACAAAUCUGAGGAGCACAACUCCUGGAUUGAGAGGGAAAAACUUGAGGAGAUGGGAUGGGCUAAGAUGGUACAGAGGUUGGAUCAGCAGGAGGCCUUGAGAUUGGGUCUUGCCGCCCGUCCUUUGACCACCAAGUUCGUGGAGAAGCAGUUGGUCGACAUGGGCCUGGAGGCUGAGUUUGCUACUCACUCUCGCAUCCGAGGCUUGUCGGGAGGACAGAAGGUCAAGGUGGUGAUCGCUGGUGCUAUGUGGAACAAUCCUCAUAUCCUGGUUAUGGACGAGCCCACCAACUACCUCGACCGCGACUCCCUCGGGGCCUUGGCUGGAGCCAUCCGCAAGUACGGAGGAGGCGUCGUUCUUAUCUCCCACAACCGCGAAUUCACCGAGGCUCUCUGCCCUGAGCGCUGGGUUGUUGAGAACGGCAGGCUUCUUAGGGAGGGAGAGGUUGCCGCUGAUGAGAAGAUUGACCUCAAUGGCAAUGCCACACCCGACGAGGUCACCGACUCGCUCGGCAACGUGAUCAAGGUGAAGAAGGAGAAGAAGCUCACGGCCCGCGAGCAGAAGAAGCUCGAGAAGAAGAAGGCUCAGCGAAGAGCCGCCGGCCUCCCCUCCGACUCCGAGGAGGACGAUUAAGUGUUGCAUGCAUGGACUGAUUUCAGCAUUGCUGUGUCGUUGGUUCUGUUUGGUUAAAGUAGCUGCUCGAGAAAUACAUCAUAGCAAGUUCCAA